UGUCUCGUGUCCGCGUCCUUGCCCUACUUGAUUUUCUGUUGCAUAUGGAUGAUGAGGCGCACAUCACAAGUGUGCGUGGAGCUUAAAGCAAAGAUGCAUGUACUGACGGCCUCGUUCUUUGGCUUCCGUGCAAGCAGAUCUAUACCCGCCAUCAAGGAAAACCGUAAUCUGGCUGAGUCUCUCAAGGAAGGAUCACAUUUUGUUUUUAAGAUGCGUGACUGGGAAACGAAAUGUGGCAUCUACAAGACCGACUUAAUCCAGUCGGCGAUCAACCAUAUGUGGUUUGCAAACCGAAGCGACGAGGGUAUAGUAUAUGCUAAAUACUUUAAUCCUUUACCUGUCCAAACCAUGGUGCUUAUACUCACAGCAGUGAGU